AUGGUUAGUGAGGGAAGGUGGAAAGUCGUGUCGACGGUGCCACGCUUUGCUAUGUCAUUCGUAACACAAGCUACGGGCUGGCUCCUCUGGUCUGUAUUCAUCUAUCCGCACUUUAAAUCGCCACUUCGACACCUCCCUCAGCCAGGAACGUCCCACUGGCUUCUCGGGCACCGUGCCUGGAUGCAUCCCACAGAUAUUGGCAUCGACGCAAAGAAAUGGGUCAAUGAGAUGCCCCAUAAACACUUUAUCCGCUUUUUGGACUACUUUAACCGGGAUUGCCUACUCGUGACCUCGGCGGAAGCCAUAGGCGAGAUCCUUGCCGAAAAAGACCACAUAUUCACGCGGUCUGCCCAGUUUCGCUUCAUUUUUAGCAGAUAUGUGGGCAAGGGUAUUGCUGUUGUCGAAGGACGCGCGCACAAAGCGCAGAGACGAGCGCUAAGUCUCGCCUUUUCCGGGCGGCACGUUAGGGACUUGUACCCUGUCUUUUGGGACAAGGGCUCCAAGGCGGUGCGCGCACUCGAGGCGAGAGCGGUCGUACAAGACUCCCCGCUAAUUAUUGAAUGUCAUGAAUGGGCAGUACGUUGUGCACUAGAUGUGAUGGGUACGGCGGGCAUGGGUGUGGAAUUUGGCACAAUAGAGGACGAUAAGCAUAUAUUGCUGCAGGCUUAUGAGCGACUGAAGGAGUUUUCAUGGCAAGACGCAGUGGUGAUACUGUUUGGGACUUAUAUGCCUGAAGGUAUAGCAACGCGCCUCCCGCUGCGCCGCAACCGAGUUGUUGAGAGUGCGCUGGCUGAUAUCCGUAGGGUAUGUCGGGAUGCUAUACGCGCCAAGCAGAAUGCGAUGGAAUCUACUGAGAAGGGGGCACAUGUGAACAUUUGCUCGGCGAUUGUAGAUAGUGGCAUGUUCAGCGAGGAUGAAGCGGUGGAGCAGCUCAUGUCGAUGCUGUUUGCGGCGCAUCAUGCGCCAGGUCGGACAAUGACGGCAGCUGUCUAUACGCUAUGCCGGUUCCCAGAGAAACAGAGGCGGCUGCGAGAGGAGGUGCACCGCUGCCUACCCUCAAUUGAAGACUUAGCCGAUGGUGCGUCGAGCGCCUACAUCGAUGGCAUGCCAUACCUCAAUGCUUUCUGCAAGGAAGUUCUCCGCCAGUACAGCACGGGCGUCUCGUCGCGCCAGGCGGCAUGCGACACGACGGUACAGGGCACGCCUAUCCCCAAGGGAACUACUCUUAAGCUGUCUGUGGCGAGCGCUAAUGGCGAUCCUAUGCUCUGGGGUAGUGAUGUGAGCGAGUUUAAGCCCGAGCGCUGGUUACCGGGCGGAGGCAAAGAGACCGUUAUGGGCGCAGACGAUGAAAACAGAGAUGACGCAACGGCACUGGGGGGAGCUGCAAGCAAGUUUGCGAACCUGACAUUUAUGCAUGGCCCGCGCAACUGCAUUGCGGCGCAAUUCGCCCAUGCUGAGUUUGCGUGUCUGCUCGCAACUUGGGUGGGCAAGUUUGAAUUUACGCUGGCGGACGAGGAGCUGAUGGAUGAGAGUAAGCUGCCGGCGAGGGCGUUGGAGACGAAGCUCAACGUAUGUAUUCGAGUAGUUAACGGGUGGUGA